AUGGUUGGGAUGGCGGGAUGGACGGCGGAGGCUUCUCCGGCGGCGACCCCUGGUCUUUCGACGGCUCUGAUUUCCCAGUCGGCGGUAGCGGUGACGGAUUGGGCGGGGGUUGGGGGAACAACGGCGGUGGUGGCGGCAGCUGGAACGGUGGUGGCGGCGGCUCCUCUGGCGGCGACCCCGCUCUCGCGCAAUUGGCGGGCGGGCGCGUGGGGCGUGCAGCGCGGCGCGUCGCUUCUGUACCGCAUCGCCUGCUGGCUCUCGCUCUCCCGCUGCUUCUGCCAUGUGCUGGGCACCGCGCUAGCCGCCUCCGCCUCCGCGCCUCCUGCGCUGCGCCGUGCCGCCGCGUGUAUCAUGGCGAACCCGCAGGCGGCGGCGCCUGCUCCGCCCGCGGUGGCGGCGGCGCAGAAGGGGCUGUCGUUGUCGAGCGCGGUGCCGGCGGCGGUGGAGGGCGCGUGGCGAGGGUCGCUGGCGCAGUGCUGCUGCUUCUCGGGAUCGCUCAUUCUUGCGCUCAACGCCGCUGGUGCGAGGUGGGGGCCUGAGGGGCAGGGGGACGUGGGCGAGUGGGAGUAG